ACUCGAGCUAGUGCUGUUAGCUACGGCUGUGAAACGGUGCGGAGGGUGUGCGACACAUCGUGCUGCCAUGCUUUGAAGACACAUUAGCAACACAAAUGAAAAGCCACGAACACAAUUACAGCCCUCGUCGCUAUUAAAGGAGAAAGGAGGCGAUUCAUACUUGCUCGGCUGAGGUUUGACCGUGUCACUGUGACUUCCCCUCUGGACAUUUUUAGACUUUUGGAGCAAGUUAUUAUCGGCGGCUAACUUGAACACAAAAUAUCUGUUGCUAUAAGGCUCCAAGAGGAAUAUUUAGAAUAAUCAUGAGCACCCACGACUCAGACGUGCACACCAUCUCUCCAGAGCUGCCGGCGAUGUUCGACGGCAUGAAGCUGGCGGCAGUGGCCACAGUGCUCUACAUCAUCGUCCGCUGCUUAAACCUCAAGAGCCCCACCGCGCCACCGGACCUCACCUACCAGGACACACCCCUCAACCGAUUUCUCCUCAAGUCGUGUCCUCAGCUGACCAAAGAGUACAUUCCUCCCUUACUGUGGGGUAAGAGCGGUCACCUCCAGACGGCACUGUACGGCAAACUUGGGCGGGUGAGCUCACCUCACCCCAGUGGAAUCAGGAAGUAUUUACCCAUGCAGGACGGAGCAACUGCCACCUUUGACCUCUUUGAGCCACUGGGGGACCAUCGAACUGGAGAUGACAUCACCAUGGUGAUAUGUCCCGGUAUCGGUAACCAUAGUGAGAAGCACUACAUCCGGACCUUCGUGGAUUACGCGCAGAAGGAUGGUUACCGCUGUGCUGUGCUGAACCACUUGGGAGCUCUUCCCAACAUCGAGCUCACCUCUCCACGCAUGUUCACUUAUGGGUGCACAUGGGAGUUUGCGGCCAUGGUGGGCUACAUCAAGCGAGCGUAUCCUCAGACCCAGCUGAUCGUGGUGGGGUUCAGUCUGGGUGGAAACAUUGUGUGCAAGUUUCUGGGCGAGAACAGGACGAACCAGGAGCGAGUGCUGUGUUGUGUCAGCGUCUGUCAGGGGUACAGCGCUCUCAGGGCCCAGGAAACAUUCCUGCAGUGGGAUCAGUUUAGACGCUUUUAUAACUUUCUCAUGGCAGACAACAUGAAGAAAAUCAUCCUCUCACACAGACACAGUUUGUUUGGUGGGAGCUCAGUCAAAAUGAUCGAUACAGAACUAGGUCGACUGUACACGGCAACAUCCCUAAUGCAGAUCGACGACAACAUCAUGAGAAAAUUCCAUGGCCACAGUUCUCUCAAAGAGUACUAUGAGAAGGAGAGUUGUGUACAUUAUAUUCACAAUGUAAAUGUACCACUGCUGCUAGUAAACUCUGCAGAUGAUCCUCUGGUUCAUGACUCACUGCUCACCAUCCCUCGCACACUAUCAGCAAAGAAGCAGAAUGUGAUCUUUGCCCUGACGCUUCACGGAGGCCACCUGGGCUUCUUUGAGGGUGCCGUGCUCUUCCCCCAGCCCCUCACCUGGAUGGACAAAGUGAUUGUGGGAUACGCCAACGCCAUUUGCCAGUGGGAGAAACAGAAACCACCGUGCCAAAGCGGCCACCUGAGUGAGGGCUCCUGCGUAGAAGAAAAAGCAUAAAACUGUGUAACUUUCUCAUUCGUUCUCUUUCCUUUCACACCCUCUCCAACAUCACGUUCCCCACACUGCACUGAGGAGACACCUUAAACUGCUCUCUCUUCUCUGCCUUCUCCUGCGGUGCUAAUCACCACUACCGACCCACACUUCCCGGUCAUACGCCUUCACAGUUUCCCCCCCUUCCCUCCUCCCCCCUUUGUAAUCACCAUCACCUUACAGUAUGUGAAAAGUAACUAACUGCCUUUGUGCUCUUUUCCGCUGCGAGGACUCAGAGCAGGAACAUUUUGUUUCUCGACAUCUACACAAUAAUGACACUUGGCUAAAGGAGGCGUUGACCAAAUAUGACCAGACAUUAAGUCAAGUUGGCAUUUACAGGAAAGAGAGACCACCACUUUAGAGUAGUCCAGUGAGAAACAAAAGCACACAAGAAGCCUCCUAUUACAGACCGUGCUGCAGUCGGUGCCCAUUUACAGCACCUGUAAGAAGCUCACUGCUUAUCACCGCCAAGGCCAUAAAGCCUAGUCUGCUGUCUUAACCAACACAGCAUCUUUGUAGUUUGUAUGUCUGUAUGUAUGUGUGAAUGUAUGUGUGAAUGUGUGUUGCUCACUGAUGUAGUGAGUAUGUCAGUGUGCGCCUGUCUACACCGAGAGUUAAAGACCCACGACGGAGUGUGUGGUCCUCGUGUUCGGUUGGUGUGAUCCGGAUUCUCUGUUCAUAGUCUACUGGCCCUUAUAAUGUCUGUUCUUUUGGGUGAAUUGUUGCUCUGUUGUUUAUAGAAAAUGUACAGUAGAAAAAUUAAGUAUUACGGUGGGAUCUUACAUGUUAUUUCCAGCUCAUAACAUCCUCCUGGCACUUUUGUUUGGCGCUUGAAAUGAAAAGUGUUCAGUGCUUACCAGACAUGACCCGGGAUCAACCCCAGAUGGGAUCUGUGCACAUUCCCACGGUCGCAUACUAUCACUUUGAUUCAAAGCACUUUACACCCUGUACGCCACAAUCUUUUUUCUUUUCCCCUUUUUGUUUUCUCAUUAGUCAAAAGUGCAGGUAUGGAAAUUAUUAAUGGUUUAGCUCUCUGUGUGACAGCAAGAGAAAAACUAGAGGGAGCAAGGAUGAUAACGAAAAGUUAGAUGACUCAAACGUUCCCCGUGUCGUGUGUUGUCAGUGUCUUUGAGCCCUCUUACUCUUUCUUCUGCCUUUGAUCAGCUGCAGUUCCAGCCAAGAUAUCCUUCUCUUACGGCACAGAGGCUAACGCUCAACCCACCUCAUGUGGUUCUAACAUCUUAGUACAGUUUUGCAUUUUCCUCCAGACGAUCCUGUGGUUUUGAAAUGUUGAAAAUGCAGUCCACUGAUUGGCCCAUGUGGUGCUAUUAAAGGGACAGUUUAGCAAUGCAAAGCAUAUUUUAAGCUUUUUUUAUAUAUAUAUAUGUAUUCUGAGCUGUGAGGUAUGAUGAGUAGGAGGGCUAAAGAUACCAAAGCUAACUCUAACGUUUAUUUUAGUGGAUUGUUUGUUUAAAAAAAAAAAAAAAAAAAAGAAAUACCGGUGAUUGUUAUAUUGUAUAAUUCGAUGGAGAAUGCGGCAUGCAAGAGAAGACGGAUUUUAAUUCUAGAGAAUAUUUUUGUUUCGAAGACUGUAUUGACUGGCUAAGCGUGGAAAGUGUUGCAACACAGCAGCAAAAAACUGCAAUGAAAGAUCACCACAAACCUGUUCUGGAUGAAAUCAUACUGCAAUACUGGGACCUGUGGACUUUUGAAAACCUGAAUCAAAUUUAGAACUUGUUUUAAACCUUGCUGUAAGGGCUUAGGAAGCUUUUUCCCAGGCAAAGUCCAGCCAAGAAAUCUGUGCUCUAAAACCUGCUACUGAACACUGUGAUGAGACACGUGGGUGGUUUGAAAGUGAUCGACAACAGUGCGUUUUGUUGAGCUGUUUCGGCCAAGACUUGUGUGUUUAUAAUACCUGGGUGAUCGUAUUUGUAUAUCGAAGUAGUGGUUGUUUUCUUUUUUAAUUGGAAGAGCAAUAUAUAAAGGUACACACUGCAAAUCAGUAGAGGAAUGCAGAAUGUAAAAAUAUAUUCAGUUAUUAGAAUCAUAUGUCAAUGCUACUUGAGGAACCUAGAAAACAUCCGUCAUUAUGCCUUAAGAAUAAAUAUCCUGAGCAUUAAAGUUCGUUCAGUAGUAGUAUUGUAAUGGUGAUUCAGUUCACUGCUGUUGUUCCAAAUUUAGAAAGAUCCAUUGCUUUUUUUCAUGUGUAAUUGGCUGAAAUUAGAGGAGAGCAAAUACUGUAAAAUCCAGGUAUUAAUCUCCUCAAUGCUGGCUUGGCUAUUUAAGAAAAAGGGGGAAUCACUGAUCCAACACUAUCUCCUUCAACUCAGGGCAUCUGCCAAAUACCAAGCACCAGUUUGAUAUCAAUGCCUUCUUUUCACCUCCUGUGAAAUCUGCCCGCUCCGCUGCGUGGAGCUCUUUGAAAUCAUUUUUACACACUGGAAGGAAAAAAAAAGAGACGAGGACCUGCUGUGACAUCAGCCUGCCAUGACUGAAUUAGUGAAUCUGAAAGUGAAAACACCACAUUUUAUUACAGCAUUGACGAUGAAACUGUACGUACUGUGGAUCCGUGACCUCCCGACUGAUAUCCGACCCACUUAAUAACGUGUUUCACCCUCUUUCUUUGCCGUCAUCCAGCAUUGUUCAAACCACAAAUCGCUGUUUUCAUCAGUCGUGAGGGGAGACGUAACUACAACUGCCAGUCAUUCGUGGCGAACAUCCUUUCAUCCACCCGCAGUCAGAUUAUAUGGUUCAUGGUUCACCCUGUCCACAGCUCUCAUUUUUUAAAAAUAAUCAGGUGUGGUUUAAGUUUUUUCUUGCUCGUGGAAAAAUGUAAAGACUAUCGGUGACACCAGCACAAACCCAGUUUCUGCAGUAGGAGCCAUUUGUGUUUUUAAGGUUGUGUUUUUUUGCCUCUCCCCAACUUUGCACGAAAAUGCAGAUUUGGAUGUAUUAUAUUUUCUAGUUAAUUAUUUUUGGGUAUUUUUGUUUUUGUAUUUUGUAUUGUUGUUAUGACUUUCUUGUUUUGUUUGCUUGUGCAAAUGCAGCAGAGCGUGUGUUGAUGAGUGAACAUGCAGUAGAUGCAUACUGUCAUAUCACCACCUCUGAUCUACAAAAACCAAAACUUGUUCACUUUAACAAUGAAAAAGCAAAAUAGAUAUAUAAAGAUAGUGUAUAUUCAAAUAUUUGAGGGACCAGGGAUGGAAAAAAGUAAAGGCAAUAACCAACCAGGAGGGAUUCUUUAAUUAUUUCAACACUAAUGUGACUGGAAAUGGUGUCAAGGUAUAUUAGACCAAAACAUGUCCUACACAUAAAGAUAAUUUCCUCAUGGAGUGUGCGAUCUGAAAUGUUGUUUUACUGUAUUGAUAUGAGAAUGUGCUCUUGUGUAUUUAUGCUAACCCCAGUGCUUCAAUCAUCAAGAUUGUGGGCUCGUGUUUAAUUGCUUGGAAACUGAAGAAUUCAAACAUUCCCAGUAACUUGAAAUCUCAAUAAAUCCAAAAAAAACCACAUCUCGGUAAGAACGUUUAUCUUUUAAAAUCAUCACCUAUCUGCACAUCCAAGCAAGUGGACAGGAGCCCACAGUGUGUUAACAUACAGCAAUCAUUACACAGCUUUAAUUUUGUGUUUACAAACUUGCAGAGGGAAGGUUAAGGGGUGUGGUGACGACUAGACGGGGCACGUAACGUGAUGUACUCAGAUACCGAACACUGGGUGUUUUUUUUGUUGUUGAAGGAAACCAGUGGUGUGUGUGAUCCAGUUAUGUGAGGAAACAUGGUUAUUGUGUUCCAAAAUAAAUUAUUUUCUCAAAUGAAAAAAAAA